UGCCGCCUUUCGGCUGUGGAGGCCGAGCGGAGCGCAGCCGCCGCGGCCUGCCCGGGCCCAGCACUGCCGGUGGGCCUCUUUCUCCCUGACCUUGCAGAGGCUAAAAAAAUGAGGACAAGGAAACCUCCCUGCCCAGUAGAGAAAGUGUGGGUAGACAAGCACAAGUACGACGAAGCAGAGAGACUGCACUAUGAAAGAGAAGCCAUGCUAGCUGCUGCAGCCCCAGAGGAAUUCCAGGAGGUAGAGGCUGUCAAUGGAGUGUGCAACGAGGACUCUGUUGAUGGUGAAUUCAAAGGAGACCUGAAGAAAACCAGGAAUGGGAAGAAACAAAGGAAAAGGAAGCGUUCUCCCAAACCCAAAAAUGUGGCCUCCAAGUUAGACUCUGUCCUGACCGGUCUGUUAGCUGACCACGUGUGGUUUGACAAACCCUUCUAUGAUCGUGCUGAGAACAUAUACAGGAGGAAACUAGCAGAUGGGCAGAGCCAGGAAGCACCUGAGACUGAGCUAACUGCUGAGCAGUCCCCUGGCCAACAUAUUCCUAAGCCAAGGAUGCUUUCAGCAGCCCUGUCCUGCUCCCAUGGGAGUCUGUCUGCGUGUCACCACGUUGUUCAGGGCGUCUGGGUCAACAAGUUUGACUUUGAUAAGGCUGAGAAGGUGUUUCUUGAGAAAUCUCAGUUCUUUGUGCCUCCAAAUGUCCUCACCAUCCCAUCGGUGUGGUCAAGUGAUGGCAGCCUUGGGAUGAGAACACCAGAUGAGGGUUAUGGUACAGCCCUGCCUACUCCUGCUACCCCAGGCUUGGCUCCAGGCAUCGCUGCUGCUUCUGCUCCUUCCUUUGAUACCAGUUUGUCUGACUCUGAACACCAGACAGUAAAUGGCAAGCCCCAGCUUUCCAGCUUGCAGGCUCUCAUGUCAGAGGUGUGGUUGGAGAAACCUCUCUAUGAUGAUGCUGAGAAGAGCUUCUACGAGAACAUGUUUGAUGGGCAUCCAUCGGGCAAAGGCCGACAGCAGCAACGCGGGUGUCCCGAAGCACCGAAGAACCACCGUGAGGACAAGAAGAACCACAACACUGGAAAGCAAACAGACACCAAACACACGGAGGUGGCCACCAACACUCUGCUUCCCAGCGAUGCUGAGCAACCUCCACCUACCACCUUCUUCCUGCAUGAGGACAGUGAGACUGUGUGGCUUAAUAAGCCCACGUACGACCGUGCUGAGACACGAUUCUAUGCAGCCGAGGCUCUGAGAAUGUCAAGAACAGGAGAAACUCCUUUGGGAAUGCAGGAAUCCACAGUGGUAGAACCCUCCCAACCAGCUGCUUGUGCUUCAAGCCUACUUGCUCCAGAAAUGAACGAAAUGGCAGUGGACUACUUUCUGCAUGAGAAGAUCUGGUUUGACAAGUACAAAUAUGAUGAUGCUGAGAGAAGAUACUACGAGCAGAUGAACGGGCCACUUGGCAGCUCCUCACACCAGCAGGAGAACGGAGCCAGCACGAUCCUCCGCGACAUUGCCAGAGCCAGGGAGAAUAUCCAGAAAUCACUGGCCGGAAGUUCAAGCACAUCCUCUCCUGGGCCUUCUGGUGACCAAAAUGAUCUCCUAUCCAGAAUUUCUCACCUGGAGGUAGAAAACCAAAACCUACGUAGUGUUGUUUCAGACCUUCAGAUGGCCAUCUUCAAGCUGGAAAGCCGCCUGAAUGCUCUGGAGAAGUCAUCUACCUCCCACCAGCCCUCACCAGUUCCUCCAACCCAGAAAGUGGAGCCAUUCAGUGUUCCCUCCAAGAAGGUGGAGCUCCCAUCGGCUUCACCAGCAAAGAAACCAGCACCAGCUGCUGCAGAGGAAGAUGAUGAUAAUGACAUUGACCUCUUUGGGAGUGAUGAUGAAGAGGAAGACCAAGAGGCUGCCAAAGUGCGGGAGGAGAGGCUGCGGCAGUACGCGGAGAAGAAGGCCAAGAAACCAGGUCUUAUUGCCAAGUCCUCCAUCCUUCUGGAUGUGAAACCAUGGGACGAUGAGACUGACAUGGCGAAGAUGGAGGAGCGUGUCCGGUCCAUCCACAUGGAUGGGCUGGUGUGGGGAGCCUCCAAACUGGUCCCAGUAGGUUAUGGCAUUAAGAAGCUCCAAAUCCAGUGUGUGGUGGAAGAUGACAAAGUUGGAACAGACAUCCUGGAGGAGGAGAUCACCAAGUUUGAAGACUAUGUGCAGAGCGUUGACAUUGCUGCUUUCAACAAGAUCUAGAAGCGAAAACUGUAUCUACCCCCUCUGAAGCUGUAACUAAUAAAGACGGAGAUUGGGAGUGCA